UAUGCCGAACUCAAUGUCGUCUUGUACAUUGACCUUCUUCGCUCCUAAUUCGUGGCUCUUCAGUCAACUCUGUGUUAUACACGCGAAGCCUAGCAUUGUGUAAAUCCCAUUCCUUAAUAGCUAUGGUUUCCGUACAGUCAUCGUGUGGUAGAGCACUGGCCUCAAGUAUCGGCCGUUGUCAGAAUAUGUGCGAUCUAUUAUGUGCGUCCGCCUCGAGUGUUCGCGUUUCGUCGAGAAAAGUCGCUGUUGGAUCGCACCCCUCGCACCUAGUGCCCGGCACCACCGCCAUCAACAGCGCCGCAACUCCCUGUCGUCACUCACCUUCCCCCUUACGAUUACCGUUUCAGAGACACUCCACUCCCUUCUCCCACUUACCCGCCUCAUUCCAUCCCCGCCUCCUCCGUACUGCCUCUGUCCCUCCCCCGCCUCUCUCUCCCCCGCGCGCUUCCUCCGCUCCUAAUGGUCGUUCCCCUGCCGUCACCUCCCCGUCUCCCCCCGUCCCCAACUCCGACCCAGCCUUUUCCGCUUCCCCCUCCUCCGCUCCCCCGCAUUCACUCGCCCCUUCCCCCUGCUCGGUACCUUUCGUCCUCUCGCCCUCAGACCUCUCCUCCGCAUCAUCCGCCGCGAAUCUCUCCAUCGAAGACUACAUAGUCCGCUUUCUCCUUCAACCCGCAACGGACCUCGCUCGCCCCCCCAUUUCGCGCUUCCACGUCUCCGCGAUCGCAGUAGGCGCUAAGACGGGCCGCGCUUUCCUAGGAGUGAAUCUCGAGUUCCCCGGCGUGCCUCUCCACAACUCCGUCCACGCCGAACAGUUCGCCGUGGCGUCCGCCGCAUUACACGGCGAGCCCGCGCUCUCCGCGCUGUUGGUUUCGCGCCCCCCCUGCGGCCACUGCCGGCAGUUCCUGCAAGAGCUGCGCGGGGCGGAGGGGCUGCGCGUGGUUAUAGCGGAAGAGGCGGAGGCGGCGGAGGAGACGAGUCUCACGCACUUGCUGCCGCAUCGCUUCGGGCCGCACAGCCUCCUAGCCGACGAUUUCCCGCUGCUGCUGGAGCAGCGAGACAACAGCCUGCAGCUAAUCGAUCCUGUCGACGUGCCCUCGCCGUUGGAUUUCGUGUUGGUGCCUCCGCUCGCGCGCUCCUUCUCCUCCGCUUCCCCGUCUGCGGUCGAUUCUGCAGCGGCAGCAGCUGUGUCCGCCGUUUCUCCCGCUGCGGUUGUCUCCUCUCCCCUGGGGAACGAAGCCGUCUUGCGGGCUCUAGACGCUGCCAACGCAUCCUACGCUCCUUACAGUUUAUCGCCCUCCGGAGUUGCGCUCGUAACGCGGACAGGGGCGGUGCAUGCGGGGUCUUAUAUCGAAUCGGCUGCGUAUAACCCGAGCCUUCCCGCGCUUCAAGCGGCGCUGAUCGCGCUGGUGGUGGAGACUGGAGGGGAAGGGGCGUAUGAGGACGUGGUACACGUGGCGCUUGUCGAGAAGGAGGGGGCGCAGGUGCGGUUUGACUCGAUAACAGCACUGUCUGUAGCGCGGAUAGCCCCACAUGCGACCUUCUCGCUGCACCUGGCUAGAGAAAGUUCACUCAGCGGUGGUGGUUGACAGUUGGUGUUUGAAAGAUGGGGGGGAAACGACCAUGGAAGGUGAGGCAAAGGAAAUGAUGUUCGGAUGGAUGUGUGCGGGCUCUUGCCCUUGGCUUAUUGCUCGUGUACGCAUUUUUUUUGGAAUUGAUCCAUGCUGGAAGUGCCUCAUGUUUGCAACACACUCUCCGAAGUGGCAUUCCUCUUUAAAUCCACUACCUUCUGGAGGGUGCUUGAUUCGAUGAGAGUUUAGAGACGGGCAGCAGCAAAGGAAGUGUGGCCAUUUUCUGAAGUGGGCCCCUCACCUGUCACUUUCUCUAUCACUCACUCACACGCACUCGCUCUCUCGCUUCCCCUCAAUGCUGUGUUUCCCCCUCUCCAUCGCCGCGACGACCAUCCCUCCCUCCCUUGUGCUCCCCCCCUUACCCCGUUUCCCCUUUCCUUCCUGUCAUUUCCCCUUUGAACUUGAACUUUUCAUCCCUAAACAUUCGCUGUGUCUCCCACCGUGGCACCUCUCACUCCUCCUUCUAUCUCUUCUCCUCAUCCUCCGCCACUGCCAUUAUGGCUUACGUUAGCACUCUUCUUCCGAGCCUUAGGGCGCGGCGGUGCUUGAGUUGCCCAACCUGACCAAGCUGCACACCUAGGGAUGGUUAUAAUGGUGCGAAACAAUGGCAAACUGGUGCAGUGCUAAGUUGUACCACUGGCCGAGCAAAGAAGCAACACCAAGCUAACACCCAUGUGCUGAGGAAGGAAACGCCAUACGGUAAAAAGCAUAGCAUUGUAGAAAAUCG